AUGGCUCAAUCUGACAACGCCACCAGCUCGGAGCCUGCCAGCACCUCUGCGACCAACAACACGCCCAAAAAGACUGCCUCUGUCCCCGAGAAGAAAUACAAAUGCCAGUAUUGCAAUCGGGCUUUCAGCCGCAGCGAGCAUCGGAGUCGACACGAGCGAUCGCAUACCAAGGAGCGCCCCUUCAAGUGUCAGAAAUGUAGAAGCACCUUCGUCCGUCGAGACCUGCUCCUGCGCCACGAUCGAACCGUGCAUGCAAAGGAUGGCGGUGUACCUCUUCAGUCUGAAGGCAGAAAGAGAAGUCAAGGCACGACAGCUUCUGGCAACAAGACGUCACCCUCAACCGCGGCACCGUCCAAGCCUUCGAUUAGUAUUGAUCCCGGCACGUUGGAGCAGAUAGAGGCAAGCAGCGAUGGUAUGCUCGACCUUGAAACUGCCGCCAUGUUGAUGACAGACUUCCAACACAAGGCGGCAGCAGCAGCAGUGAACGGCCUUAACAACGGCGAAGGUUCCAUCCCCGACUACUCACCCGAUCGCAGCUCGCUCCUCGAAUCCUCCGACUACCUCACCGGUCCCAACAGCUUGCCGCAUAUGCCCUGGGAUACAUUCAUGCCUCAAGCCCCCUCAGAACCCAAAGCCCAUUCCAUGUCGAGCAUGUCGUCCCAGGAUAACUUGUCACAGCCUCCCUAUGUCCACAUGGGCUCCAUUCAGCCUCACCAGUCCCAGCUUCCCCCGAUCAUGGAACGACAGAACUCCCUCGGUGCUUCCUUGCCACCCUCGUUCCCCUCGCUGGCCGACACCUUCCCGGUUUCUGGAACUCCAACCCCGAAUGCUUUGUCGCCCUUCCCGUCCAUGACAGGCCCUGUCUCACCAGUGAAUUAUCGCAAGUCUCCUGGACCAGCUCAGCCCCUUUCCUUGCCCAAAGCUCCUCAAUUGUACAAUGAUGACCAACGUGCCCUCAUUGCUAACCAAUUAGGUGGAGAUCCCAUCCUUCCCCCUCUACCCUCAAUCAACCUCUAUCUCACUACCUAUUUCAAUCUCUUUCACCACCAUCUUCCUUUCCUACAUCCCGUUACUUUCCGGCCGGAGACGACAGAACCGGCUCUACUCCUCGCCAUUCUGUCCAUUGGCGCCCUCUACAACUUUGAACAACACCAAGCAUAUUCCCUCCAUCAUGGCUCCAAGAAACUUGUCAACCAGUUCCUUCAAAACAAAGACAACUUUGACUCUCGCAAAUGCCCUCUGUGGACAAUGCAAAGUACCUUGUUGAACAUGUUGUUCGAAAGCUGGGGUGGUGGUUCUCAGGGCCUUGAAUGGGCGUGCUCGAUUAAGAGUCUGCUCGCCAAUAUGGUCGCUGGUAACAAAUACGAGCUCAAGCUACGGAUCGAUGGACGAUCGGGGGCUCCUCCCACUCAUGAACAGUGGGUAGGAGAAGAGGGUUGUCGAAGAACCUAUUAUGCGGUUUAUAUCUUCUUUGGGAUGCUCACCCUGACUUAUAACCACACCCCUGCAAUCAGCUUCAACGAGUUUGACUCACUACCCCUCCCCUCGUCCGAGUCUCUUUGGAACAUCGAACCCGCGGACGAAGACACCUGGCAAGACAUUUUUGCAGCAUCACCCACAAUCACUGUACGCGAUGCACAUGAUAGCCUCUUCCAAGGUGAUGCGGCACGGUAUAGUGCGUUUGCAACCCGAGUCAUGAUCAAUGCUCUCUUCUUGGAAGUCUGGAACUUGAGAAGAAGUUUCGAAUCGCUCCAAGAUGUUGUCUUGGAGUGGAAGAUUCGAAUAGCUCUUGAGACUUGGGAGCGCUCAUUGGAUCUUUGCGAGCCGGAGACAAUUGUUGUACCUUUGAGUACACCUCACAAGAGCCACCCCCUGAUUUUCAACUCCAUGGCCGUCUACCGAAAUACCCGAGCUUUCCUUGAAGUGGACCUCAAAAAUGUCCAAGAGGCCCUUCGAUACCACAACUCCUUCGAAAUCGCGGCAGCAAUGACACUUUCACGUGACAAUGUCAAAAGAAACAAAGAGAUGAUCAAGGUCAUCGAACAGUGUUAUGAAUGCAUGGAAAUUGUGGCCAUGCAAGGAAUUAAUUGGGUGACCAAAACCUCGUCGACAAAUUGGAGUAUCGAGCAUCCUCUAUGUGGGCUUGAUCUCCUCACUAUCCUGAGUUUGUGGCUAUAUCGGAUCGAACAUGAUGAUCAGGAAGCCACUGACGAGGAACUUGCCAUGUACAUGAAAGUGCGUGGUCUAUUCGACGAUGAUGCCGUUGACUCAAACGGAUCCCGUCUCAGCUCGACCGUCGCUCGUGUCUGGGGUACAAUGCUUGAUGGCGUCGUUGUCUGGGGUAUUUCCAAGACAAUGGGCGAGUCCUUCAAGUUGCAUGCUCAAGCCUUGGUUGGCUAUGUGGAUGAACUUCCCGUCGAUCCGGUCACAGGCAUGCCGCAAGUGGUAUCAGACCAGGCUCUCAUGGGCAUGGCCUCUUCUUAUUAA